AUGAAUCAAUCCGAUUACACGCAGAUUCCAGCGGUCCCGCCGCCUGCAGGCCAGACGUCCAACUUCGUGGAUCCCCCCUCACAAGAAGCCACCAUGAUCGCAGUUAGCACCGUCAUGAUGGCUCUGACUCUCGCCUUCGUUUCCCUGCGCCUAUAUACAAGCUUUCGUGUAACUCGAAAGCCUGGCCUUGAAGACUGGCUAUGCAUCGUGGCAUUGGUCUUGUCUUUCGGUCAUAUCAGUGGCGUCCUACUUCUAAGUCAUAAAACACGACACAUGUGGGAUGUGCCGCUGAGCUGGUUCUUGGACGACUACUGGAAAAUACGGCUUUUCGCGAACCUGUUCCAGUCAUUCGCGUACUUCUCCUCGAGGCUGCCUAUCCUCAUGCUGUACCUCCGCAUCUUCGGUGAGACGAGGGGCUUCCGGAUAGCUUGCUACGUGUGCCUCGCCCUAGUCUUCGCCGUGUCCCUAGUCGCGAUCCCUUUGCUCUCGUAUUACUGCGCGCCGUUUCCCAGCGAGGGAUGGCACUCGCUCGCCGUCUUCGCCCGGUGCAAGAAUAUCCUGAACUGGGCCAUCAUACAAGGGGGGUUGGAUAUCUUUCUCGACCUCUACAUCUUCAUCUUGCCCCUGCCUAUCGUUCUUAGGUUGCAUAUGCCAAAAAGGCAGAAGUUAGGCGUUUUAGCUGUGUUUUUGACGGGUUUCUUGGCCGUCCUUGCGAGUGUAGUCGGCUUUUACUAUCGUUACCGACUUACAUAUACGAAUGACGUUAACUGGAACGAGGGUAUAUACAUUUGUACGAUUAUCGUCGAAAUCAACAUUGCAACCAUCUGUAGCUGCAUGCCAGCGUGUUACGCCUUCUUCAGACACAUCACCGAGCAGCGCAGUUCGUCCAGCCCGGUUCAUCAUGUCCUACAGCCCGAGCUUCCCAAUACGUCUUCUACGUUCUUCGUCAAACAGGAUUCCCCUGCAUGGCUACCGGAACUUAGCCUUGUCGAGCUCCGUGAUGUUAGAGAGGACGGCUCAGGCAAUGGAUUACGAGAUGUAGAGACUGAGCCUCUAUCAAAUGACUCCGCUCCUCAUAAACCAGGAAGCUAUCAUGUAGUAUGA